AUGCGUGUGUCUCAGUGCCUCGCCACUGCACUCUCGUCGUCGUCUCCCUCUCUCCCCACAACAGCUGCGAGGGGUACGUUAGCCGUGAGGGUCGCACUGCUGGAGCUAGGGGCCUUGUUGCGGGAGGCGCUGGAGCUGGUGACUCUGCUACUGGAGUUGUUUCUACUGGAGUUCCUGGGGCAGCUGGUCCCAGAGGUGCUCGUACUGGAGGUACUGGAGCUGCUGGGGCUGGAGGUCCUGCUGGACUUGGAGGUGCUGCUGUUGACUCUGAGGUUGGAGGCCCUUGAGCUAGGGGUGCCGGUUCUGGGGGUGCUACUGCUGGUGGCGCUAGAGCUGGAGGUUCUGGAGGUGCUGCGGGUGCUGGCGCUGGAGGUUCUUGAGCUGUUGGAGGUGCUGGCGCAAGUGGCGCUGGAGCUGGAGUUUCUGGAGCUGCUGCAGGUGCUGGCGCUGGAGGUUCUGGAGCUGUUGGAGUUGCUGGCGCAGGUGGCGCCGGAGCUGGAGGUUCUGGAGCUGCUGCGGGUGCUGGCGUUGGAGGUUCUGGAGCUGCAGGAGGAGCUGGAGCUACAGGUGCUGGUGGCGCUGCGCCGCCGCGACUGUUCUUCGCUCCGCCGUCACCUUCAUCUCUGCCACCGCCUGGCUCCGUGCUUCGUCAGGUUCUUUGCCUCCCGUCUUCUACUGGUCUUCCGUUACCGCCUGGCUCAUCGCUGCCUGCUCCUUCUCCUUACACUAAGCUGA